AUGGAUGAAGAAGAAGCGCCGAUGAGUCUGGUCGAAGAUCAUUACGAUGACAUGACGAUUGAAGACGGACCGCUCGAAGACGCGUCGUAUUGUAAGAAAUGAAUGUGAAUCUUGAUUCUUUGAUUUUCUGGAAUUGCAGACAACGAAGAAGAGUUCCAGCAGUGCGAAGAAGAAGACGUUCAGCCGACAUCUGAUAAUUUUUCGCUGCAAAAUCGAUACAAACCGAGCAUUCACACUCCGAAGGCGCUUGACACCAUACACGAAGAAAAUGAUCUAAGAUCCAACAAUAGUAGGCGUCAAGCUUUAAAAUUAUUCUUAAUUUACCGAUUUUCUUAAUGCUCAGGCUCUCGUGCGCCGACUCGCACCUCAAACACCAAUCUCCGCAUGAAUCACAGCGAUAAUUCGCACGACAUUUCCGGCCAAUUUCAGUUUGGCAACGGAGGUUUGAUUUAUUUUCAAAAAAGACGUGUAAACACUAUGCGUUUCUUCAGCAAAUGCAAUCGAACAGUUCACCGACAACUUUUACGCGAAAGAGAACAAAGCGGAACGACUAUUUCCCGAACACCUUCAGACGAAUUUCGCGUCGCCGCCGAUGGACAAACAAAACUCGUGGGAGCCGUCCGUCAUUCACUACGAGAAGCAGCCGACGCCCGAGGUUCUCACCGGCUCGCCCGGCAUGGUUUUCGGGCAUUUGAGCCGGAAUGGGAAUCCGAAAAGAGCCGAGGAGAAGGUGAAUGAUGAGAAUGUGCCGACUGGAAGCCGGAUCUCGCCGGAACGAAGUAUUCUGACGACGUCGCCGCUCAACUCCUCCAAAUACUUUGAGACGAAGACGAGCACUCCGAAAAGACGUAUGAUUCUUGUUUUCUAGAUCUUUCUUCCAGAAUGUCUUUUCUUUUGCAGCCGGCGCUUCGAAUCGCCUCGGUCAACGCCUUCAGCCGCCCGCGCUCGAAAUCUCGUCGAUUUAUGCGCUCAGCCCGCAAAGAGUCAAUGGAACGGCGACCGUCAACCCGAGUAUUUUUACACAAAAUUGAAAAUUCACUUUUUUUGCUUCUUUUCAGACCAAUCUCGUUUUUUCGGCGGAAUGCGCGCGAAUCAGACGCAAGCGGACAACACGACGAUGGUACCGAAUCAGACGGUCAAUUUGUCGAUGAUCAAUCGGAUUCUGAAGGCGCCGAGCGGCGGCGGCGGACGCGGAACGAUCCGGACGGACGAGGAGCUCGUCGCGCAGUUGGAGAGAGUUCGGACGAAGCGCGCGAACGAGGAGAACGCGCGGAGACCCGAUUUUCGGAUGUGAUAUUCCCAUUUUUAUUCUUCUUUCCCAGCAAAAACGAGUUUUUUUCCAGAAACACGACCGCGAAUCGCACCCAAUCCACGCGUACAACGGAUCUUCCGUCGGCUUGCACGUCUUCUCAAUCCGACGCACCGCCCAUCUUCCCGUCGUCGUCCCGCAACCGCACCAACACGACCGUCAACAACUCGACGCGGUUUUCGACGAAAUCCUCGUCGACAAUGAUGAUGACCGCCGGCUCCCAUGACGAUUUGUCGUCGUCUACUACGGUCCGCACUUUGAAGUCACGUGGCAGCACUACAGUAAUCCCCAACCCUUCUUCUUCUUCUUCCACUGCCACCACGAUUAUUUGUAGAGAUGGACGAGAUUCGGUCAAUUCGGUGCGUGGAAGUCAUAUGAAAAUCACCUCAAAAUGUCGCUUUCAGAUGCGGACAAUGUCGCGUGCGUCGACAGCGAUGAGCUCCGCGGCCGGUGCUAAUCCGACGAGGCCGUUGACGUUCUCGGCGAAGCGUCUCGCGUUUGGAACAGUCGCGAAAGGAGAGAAUCUGACGAUGGAGCUCGAGUACACGAACGUCUCCGACCGACAGCUCCACGUGCGCACCGCGUUGGACAGCUCCAAUCGAGCGUUUCAAAUCCUCGACAACAAGACGAUAGCGGUGGAGCCGGGCAGAAGUGGACGCGUCCGAGUGGACUUUACGCCGUACGCGAUCGGACGGUUCCAAGUGUUCAUGCAGGUCGACGUGCCCGCGCAGAACUGGCGACAAGCGGUAUCCAUUGCCCUUCGAUCAUCCCGACUUCAUCUGAUUCUCGUUUCAGAUCCCAGUGUGGGGAAUCGGCGGAACCGCGAAAAUCGCAUUUGUGACCAGCGGUCAAGACGUGCAGAGCACCGGAAAACCGUCCGAAUUCACGAUGCUCACGUCGAACUUGUCGCGGAUCUCGUUCAAAUUGAACAAUAUCGGACAGCGGUAAGGCAAAUAAUCAUGCAAUUUGUUUUAUCAACGUUCUGCAGAGAGGGCUUCGCGCUAAUCUCCGUCUUCGACUCCCAGAUGCGUCCUCUCAAUUCGCCCGUCCUCCUACCGUCCCGCGGUAUUCUUCUCCGUCCGGGACACGAGAAACGCAUCGAGAUCCGCGUCGACCUGAACGUGCUCCUUCAGGAUCAGCACCCCGACGAUAUCCGCACGUCUUCGGCCAUGUCGACUGCCUCCACGUCGUCGGUGAUGACCGUCAGAAGACGUGCCCCAUCUUCGGAGGCCGAUCUGAUUGUGCAAAUCGCGUGGGGCGAUGAGAUUAUCAGACAACGACUCAAAAUGUUGGUUUUGCAAGCAAUUUUCAAAUUCAAUUUUACCUUACAGGCUCGAAAAGAACUCGGGUCGGCGCGAGUCGAUCGACGGACUCGACUUCACCUCCUUUCCGUUCGCCGACGAAAAGUGCUCGGCGCCGACGGAUUCGCCGCUGAUCCUUCCGGAAGACUCGGCCCUCUUCGCCUCCUCCUACCGCACCCAACACCUCUUUAUCUUCUCCCAUCAACGCGCGUUCGCCGCGUUCCGCGCCGCUUCCGGAAGCCAUCAAACGUGCGGCGGAGCGGACAAUACGAUCCUCGAGACGACGGCCUUCCGACACCACACUUUCAUUCGGGACAAGGACGCGACGAUGGUGCCGAUGAUAAAUAAAUGA